GGAGGGGGCGGCUGCUGAGCGCGGCGGAGUCGGGGGGCGAGCGGAGGCGGAGGCGGCGAGGAGUGGAGGCGCCCCAUGGGGAACUCGCUGUCUUGUUGCGUGUCCCCCAAUGCCAGCCCCAAGUUGGGCCGGCGCACGGGGUCAGCGGAGCCGGACUACGAGUCUGAGGUCUACGAGGCGGCGGCCGGGGACGCGGUGGCAGUAGCUCCGGCGCCGGCUGCCGUGGAACCCGCCGAGUUGGAUUUCGGAGGUGGCGAAGGCCACCACCUGCAGCACAUCAGCGACCGGGAGAUGCCCGAAGACUUAGCUUUGGAAUCAAACCCUUCUGACCACCCAAGGGCAAGCACAAUUUUCCUGAGCAAAUCUCAAACGGAUGUGCGAGAAAAGAGGAAGAGCAACCAUUUAAACCAUGUAUCUCCAGGGCAGCUUACUAAAAAGUAUAGCUCAUGCUCAACAAUAUUUCUAGAUGACAGCACAGUCAGCCAGCCUAAUCUUAGAACCACAAUAAAAUGUGUGACCUUAGCAAUAUAUUACCACAUAAAGAACAGAGAUGCAGAUAGAUCCUUGGAUAUUUUUGAUGAGAGAUCACAUCCACUCACACGAGAAAAGGUUCCAGAGGAAUACUUUAAGCAUGAUCCUGAACACAAAUUCAUUUACAGAUUUGUUCGUACUCUUUUUAGUGCCGCACAACUAACUGCUGAAUGUGCAAUAGUAACUUUGGUUUACUUAGAAAGGCUUUUAACUUAUGCUGAGAUCGACAUUUGCCCCACUAACUGGAAAAGAAUUGUUUUGGGAGCCAUUCUUCUUGCCUCCAAGGUUUGGGACGAUCAGGCUGUAUGGAAUGUGGACUACUGCCAGAUCCUCAAGGACAUUACAGUUGAGGACAUGAAUGAGAUGGAAAGGCACUUCCUGGAGCUACUUCAGUUUAAUAUUAAUGUUCCCGCCAGUGUGUAUGCCAAAUACUACUUUGACCUUCGCUCCUUAGCAGAUGACAACAACCUGAAUUUUCUAUUCACUCCUCUUAGCAAAGAAAGAGCACAGAACUUAGAGGCCAUUUCCAGAUUGUGUGAAGACAAAUACAAAGACUUGUGUAGAGCUGCUAUGAGAAGGUCUUUCAGCGCUGAUAAUUUCAUUGGUAUUCAGCGCUCCAAUGCCAUCCUCUCUUAAGGGAGAAGUGAGGGGUUGUAACAUCAUAAACCCCUCGUAACAAGGACUGGAGAAAUAUCACCUCUCCUGCUCAGAAACCAGCAAAGUUAGUAUUUUCACCUUAAAGAAAGACAUUGAAUUCAAGAGACUCAUGGACAAGCGAAGAUUAUGCUGCAGGAAAGAAUGGGACCUCGUCAAUGUAACACACUCUUCUGUCCUUUUUAAUGUAAACAGAGUUACAAAAACCACUCCAAAGCGAAAAGCUCCCAAUCCACGCACAAAUAUCUGCUUACUGUGUAGGCCGAUAGCUGUGAACUAUGUGAGGUUUUUUAAUUAAUAGUUUAAAUUUUUAGACUUUAAAGACACUAACUAUAUAAUUUUUCCUGUUUUUCUUGCCUCACUGUCCGAUACUGCUGCAUAUUCCUUUAGAAUCAGUGCAGUAUUACCAUUAAAAAAUGUGACUCCUCUAACAACUCAUAAAGCCAAACUUAGGAACAGACUGUUGUAGCAUCGUUAGGUUUUGAAGGGUUCUUCCUCCCUACUAUACCACUGAAGCUGCUAGUCAUUAUUGGCAAUCAGUUUAAACCAAAAAGCUGCUGAAUAACACUUGUCAUCCACAUUCUUUGCAGGCAGUACUUAUUAGCAUAUUAGCAUGUUUGGGAUCAUAAACAGAGAAAGUAGGUUAUUUACUUCUAUUGGGUCCGUGCUGCAUUUCUUGUUAACUAUGAUGGUGCUUCUGAUUUUGUGAUGAUUUUCCUCUUUGUUACAUACUUGUAUUAAAGGAUAUUUUCAUAAUUCCAGCCAACAUGGUGGUCCAGUAAUUAACAAGCCGGCAGUGAACUAGAAGGUGUCCCAGAAGUCUCAGUGAAAUUGCAAGCCUGAAUAUAGUGUGCUUGGAUACUCCAGAACACUGUUGCAGAAUUAUAAAUGCUACAGACUGGCAAAACGUCACUUGCAAGUUUAAUCGAAUUUCUUCUAAACUCAUUUAGGUUUGUAAAUUUUAAACAUUAAGCUUUUAAUAUUAAUGUUCUGUUUCAGCCCCUCUUGAGGAUAGCAAACAAUGGGCUGAAAUAAAAAAUUAAGAGCUUAAGGUCAGAAUGGCCAUCAUCAAAAAAUCUACAAACGUGCUUGCUUCGGCAGCACAUAUACUAAAAUUGGAACGAUACAGAGAAGAUUAGCACAGCCCAUGCGCAAGGAUGACAGGCAAAUUCGUGAAGCGUUCCAUAUUAAAAAAAUUAAAAUCUACAAACUAUAAAUGGAGAGGGUGUGGAGAAAAGGGAACCCUCUUGCACUGUUGGUGGGAAUGUAAAUUGAUACAGCCACUAUGGAGAACAGUAUGGAGGUUCCUUAAAAAACUAAAAAUAGAACUACCAUAUGACCCAGCAAUCCCACUGCUGGGCAUAUACCUGGAGAAAACCAUAAUUCAAAAAGAUACAUGCACCCCAAUGUUCAUUG